GAAGAUUACACCACGCGGCUGCCAUGCUUUUCUCUCACAGCAGCCAAGGCAGAUCCCAUGGUUUCACAACCGAGAUGUGUAUCAGCCUUGUGGCCAAGAAAACAAGACGUGCGUCACCAAACAGAACCCUGAAAUGUUCUGUGUCCUGUCUUAAGAGCUUUUUGUGGAAAUCCAAGUUUGUGUGUUACAUUUCUUAGGAUUGGGUCAAAGGAGACCUCAGUAAACAUGCAUGUGUGUUUGUUUUCAUGUAUGUGUGUGGGUCUGUGUGAGAGAGAGUGUGUUAGAGAAAAAAGAAAAAUAAAUGAAAAGUGCGAGCGAGGUUUGAACAUUAUAAUGUAUCUUGGCACCUCCUCUGAAAAGAGUUAAGCAACACAGCAAAGUAAUUUGUCGGAAAUGACACAAGCCCCGUGUGAGCUAACACAGUGUAAUCCGCCCAAAUAUGUCACUGAUUUAAAAUCAUAACAUUGUACAGGACAUGAAACAGCAGGUGCGGAUCAAUCGCGAUGCGUUUGAUUUACAGUCAACGUGCUUGUUUUCCACUCAGUAACCCCCAGGUGGGAAACAGCUUCGAACCCCACGCUCCGUAAUUGCGAGCAUGUGGCCUCGCGCAGCGUCCAAGGCCCUCUGGCAUGUCCACGGCGGUCUUGACUUUUUUUUUUAACAGCAUGUCCAUUGGAGGAGCACAGAUUGGUGCCGCAGUGUAGUCUGCAUGUCACCCAUCGACUCAACGGUAUAACAAGCACACACAAGACAACGUCUCCACGCCACGGUAGGGAGAUGAAAAAGCCGGAUGUCGGCGGCUCGGUUUGUCUCUCUGUUUGUACUUUUCCCUCACUCCUUUCAAACUGGCUGAAGGGGCUGCUUAUCGCUCCUCUCGGGCCCUCCGGCCCCCUUCAAUGGUCCCAUAAACAAUGAGAGCGGAUCUGAAUGUGACAGGUGCGUUCUCUUCAGCCCGGACCAAACCCAACCGAGGGCCGUCAGCUGGGGGGGGAGCCGGCGCUGGCAGCCGGCGCUGGCAGCCGGCGGGCAGCCGGUGCUGACAGCGACCCGCUGCCCUCUCAGCGCAAGCUGCUCGCGGAGGUAAUGCACAUGUUAGUUAAUGCGACGACUCCUACAUCCCAGAAUUGAUCAUUUUAGCCACAGCAAACAACUUCGUUUGGUGCCUGAUUUACACGCCGAACGGGUUGACAGACUUUGGACAGAGUUGGAGACGAGACGCUGAUGGGCGAGAUUACACAGCACGCAUUAAUCAGGAUGUUGUCCUUUCUGAUUUCGCCUUAAUGAGUUAAUUAAACUGUGGGGCGGAAAAGGGGGGUUAGAUCAACAGUGGAACUGAAGGUUCAUUAACUUAAGAAAAGUAACCGCAACUUUCAUGUGUGUUCCUGAAACAAACAGUGACGUCCCUGCUGGGAAAUCAAACCCACACGAAUGACGAUGGGAUUGUGACCUUCACAUUGUUCCCUCCACAAAGAAAAAAACUCGCCUGUGCGUCAUGUUCAAAGAAACAUUCAGGAUCCAUCACAUCUGCAACUAUUUAGGGAGAAUGAAUUAUUUCAGUGUUUAAACUUGGGUACAGCUAACACCUUAGGGGAGGAAAAUCAAAUGGGACCAACAGGCCAGGAAAUGUGCGCCAGGGGACUUUUGUCAAUCUCGAUCUCCCCGGAUCGGUCUGGAUGAAUCCGGUGAGAUCAGCUGCUGCUGUAAACAACACUCCGCAGCUGAAGCCGCCACGUGUUCACUGCCACAGGCAGACCCCCUUUGAGUCCGCGUCCUGGAGGACUUUGUCAUAUCAGAACCACGUGCCCGCCAACACGCAGCCUUUUUGAAUCAGCGCGCGGCUCUCCGUGCAAACCUCGAAGGAAGAACUCGCUUAUCGGACUCCCCUGCAUACGCACACGCUACGCACACCCGUCAUUACAGAGCGCAUCCUCGCCUUGGUUUGCCAUUUAUUCAUCAUGUCAUUUGCAAAAUAGGACGAUUUUACUGUGGCUGCUAGACCUAAAUUAUGUGGGAAAAUCUGUGUUGAUGCUGCUGGGAUGUUUGCUCAGGUCGCUGAAGCGUCACAAUACGCGUCUAAUAAACCCCGUUAGCAUCUUCCAUUUUGAAUAACAAAGAGAGUCCGCGUGUUUCUGACAGUAGUGAUUGUUACAGAUAAAACAGUCCCAUUCAGAAGGCACCGGGUUUGCGCGGCCUGCUGCGCCAUGAUGCUCGCCACAAUCCCCUCAACGUCUGCUAAAUACUGAGUGUUUUUUGUCAAUAUUAGCGGGACUACUUGAGGGGAAGUUUAUAAUUGGACACGUGUUUCCCCCGCUUUUUUGUCGUUUGGAGAUCAACUGAUUCCAUUGUAAUACGUUUUUAAAGCAAUGAGCGAUCCACAAGGAGGGGUAAAGUGUUCUUAAGAGCUCCCUUUCAGCCUUUACAAAUGGCCAGAGCAACCCGCAGAGCAGCACGGAGGCCCUGGAAGUAUUUAAUCCAUGAGAUGUGUCACACAGCGGCAGAGAUUCAGGCACAUGCAGGUAAGCAGUUGGUUUGAGAAGUAACGACGCACACUGCCCUCCGUCGCUCAGAGACUGGGGAAGAACCGGGCUCAUUUCAUUUUUGCCUUUACGAUUUAUAGACAAUGGAGGAUAUGCUUUUUGACUUCGACCAGGAUGGCGCAAAGGAUUUUGCAUUUUGGGGACAAAUGGACCAAAACUUCCAGUUUCAGAGCCAGCUGGACAACUUCCUGCUGGACUACAGCACGGCCGCCGGCCAGCUCUCCCCCUGGUCCUCCCUGGGGAGUCAGUCCAUGUUCCCCGACGCGCAGCUGACCUUCACCGACCUCGACGUGCAGUCCCCGGGGGCGGACGUGUGCACAGAGGGAGAAGGCUCCUCCAUGGACGACCCCCUGGAGGUGACCAAGCACAGGGCGCGGCGGAUGGUGACCCAUCACCCCUACAAGGUGCAGCGACACGCCGCCAACAUCCGGGAGAGGAAGAGGAUGCUGAGCAUCAAUUCCGCCUUCGAGGAGCUGCGGUGCCACGUGCCCACGUUCCCCUAUGAGAAGCGGCUGUCGAAGAUAGACACCCUGCGGCUGGCCAUCGCCUACAUCGCCCUGCUGAGAGAGAUCCUCGUGUCGGGCUGCGACCCCAAGUCCUACGUAGACGAGUGCAUGAAGAGCGGCUACAAGAAUCACACCAACGCCAUCUGGAACACCAGCGACCUGACGGCCCGCCUCUCUUGGAUAAAGUGGGAUUAACUGAGGAACGUGGGGCACCCCGAGCGUGGCCAUGGCGGCGGGGAGGAGGCUCAAGUUUGUUUCACGCUCUCUCUACGGGGUCGACGGAUCGACAUCUGCAGACUUCUCAUCGGGUCACACACCUCAGGCUUUUCUCAACCUCGACCCACUCCUUCUGCCUCCGGGGCUUUUAAUAUUCUAAUUUAUUGUUGACUGGUAAUUGAGAGCCAUUGUUUCUGCUGUUUGGGGGGGGAAAGAGGGUUGGCAUUGUUUGCCCAAUUGGAUGGGUGGCACUUGUCCCGGAGUGAGGGAGAGCGAUGGGGGGGGGCACACUGGCACGGGUCUGAAUGGACUUUCUAAAGGGCUCAUACUUCUGCAUGUAGCGCUGAAGUGUUGUCUGGACUCCGGCUCAUUAGUCUGCCAGCCGAUGUGUUAAAAAGAGCCUUGAUCAUGUAAAUGAGACAAUGGGCGUGAGAAGCAGAUCCGUGCAACGUCUUUUAGCGCGUCAGGUGCUGAUUCCAAACACGCCAUGGAGGCUAGUGGCGUACUGCGCGUUUCAUUUGUCGUCUGCUGUAUUAUUUAUUUAUUUAUUCGUCAUUUUUGUUAUUUAUGACUGUUGUACUACCUUGGAUGUGUCUUCCAACCAACUGUGAUUAUUUAUUGUUCUGUCGUUUGGGAUUUACUGUCCAUUUGGAACCUGUGAAAGUCUAUCUGUGUAUUUGUCAACAUUGAUCUCUACUCGGGAUCAUAAAAAGCUUCUUUUCCCACAACUUA